AUGGAAGAUUUCGAAAACGAAAUUAAUCCAAAUGACAGCAUUAGUAAUAUAAGUCACAAAUCACAUGGGAGUCACACACGGUCUGGUUCUAGUAAUUCUAGAACCUCCUCAGUUCGCAGACAGGCAGAGGCCGACAGGGCUGCCCUCGCUGCCUUGGAAGAGGAGGAGGAAAAGAUCAAAAAGAAAUUGGAAGAGGAGAGGGAAAGAAUCAGAAAGAAAAAGGAAAUGAUGGACCUGCAUGCUCAAUUGGCAGCUGCUGAUGCAAAAUUAGCAGCUUUAAAAGCUUCCAGCCUUCAUGCUUCCUCACACACAGCAUCUGAUGGCAUGAGCUCCUACUUAAAAAGAACCAAGGAACCAGCAGUCACUCUCAACCCCCAGGCUCAAGACUAUCAACCCCUCACACAGCAGCAGUCAAGCCAAGCUUUACCAACACAGUCCAUCCACCAUCCACCUGAGCAACUACAAAUAUCAAUCAAUCAAUGCCUCAAUGAAGCACAUCGUCCUCGUGAGCAGGAGGAUGAACCACAGUCCUCCAACAUACAUGAGGAAGAAGAGGAGCAAGAGAACCUGCUGACCCCUCACAAUAAAAAGGAAGAGAUGGACCCACAGACCCCCUGCUUUAAAGUGGAAGAGGAGGACCAAGAGCCGCCACACAUUAAAGAGGAAGAGGAGGAAGAGGGCAUCAGUCAGCCUAAAUGGUUGGAGGAGUUCCCAGUGACUGGUGUCCCUGUGAAGAGUGAAGAUGAUGAGGUGAAAGGUGAAAGUGAGGAGAGGGGAGGGGGGGAGCCUCCAAGCAGCAGCUCAACACAACACAUGACAACAGAAGCUGAUGGAGACCACUGUGGAGGAUCACAAGCAGACAAGCUCUUAGCUCCACUAUCAGAUAGUGAGGACACAACGUCACACUCUCCUGACACUGAUGAUGAAGACUCUAAAGAUGAUAAGACAUGUCACACUGACAACACUCACUUCACAUGUCCUCACUGUCAGAAAACAUUUAAAUACCGUCAUAGUCUGAAAAGACACAUGAGAACACAGACUGGAGAAAAACCCUUUUCAUGCUCAAUCUGUGGUAAAGGUUUUGUAGAAAGUCGCGAUUUGAAAAGACACAUUAGAACACACACUGGUGAAAAACCUUUUUCCUGUUCAACCUGUGGUAAAGUUUUUAUUCGAAGGUACUAUUUAAAAUCAGACAUGAGUACACACACUGGAGAAAAACCUUAUGUCUGUUCAAUCUGUGGUAAAGGUUUUACACAAAGUCCAUAUUUAAAAGUACACAUCAGCAUACACACAGCUGAAAAACCUUAUGUCUGUUCAAUCUGCGGUAAAGGUUUUACACAAAGUCAAUAUUUGAAAGUACACAUGAGAACACACACUGGUGAAAAAACAUUUUCCUGUUCAAUCUGUGGUAAAGGUUUUACACAAAGUCAGAAUUUAAAAGUACACAUGAGAACACACACUGGUGAAAAACGUUUUUUCUGUUCAACCUGUGGUAAAGGUUUUACACAAAGUCAGAAUUUAAAAGUACACAUGAGAACACACACUGGUGAAAAACGUUUUUCCUGUUCAACCUGUGGUAAAGGUUUUACACAAAGUCAGAAUUUAAAAGUACACAUGAGAACACACACUGGUGAAAAACCUUUUUCCUGUUCAACCUGUGGUAAAGUUUUUAUUCGAAGUCCAUAUUUAAAAGUACACAUCAGCAUACACACAGCUGAAAAACCUUAUGUCUGUUCAAUCUGCGGUAAAGGUUUUACACAAAGUCAAUAUUUGAAAGUACACAUGAGAACACACACUGGUGAAAAAACAUUUUCCUGUUCAAUCUGUGGUAAAGGUUUUACACAAAGUCAGAAUUUAAAAGUACACAUGAGAACACACACUGGUGAAAAACGUUUUUUCUGUUCAACCUGUGGUAAAGGUUUUACACAAAGUCAGAAUUUAAAAGUACACAUGAGAACACACACUGGUGAAAAACGUUUUUCCUGUUCAACCUGUGGUAAAGGUUUUACACAAAGUCAGGAUUUGAAAAGACACAUGAGAACACACUCUGGUGAAAAACGUUUUUUCUGUUCAACCUGUGGUAAAUGUUUUACAAAACGUCAAGAUGUGAAAGUACACAUGAGAACACACACUGGUGAAAAACCUUUUUCCUGUUCAACCUGUGGUAAAGGUUUUACAGAAAACUGGUGUUUGAAAGUACACAAGAAAACACACACUGGGGAAAAUUCACAUUACUGUUCAAUCUGCAACAGAAGCUUUUAG